CCUGCAGAUACCGGACUACAUGCUGGGGAAGAACUAUAAAGACUGUACAUAAGCGGAUACUGUAUAUCAAGAGACCAUCACCAUGGUAACCCACAACCCAGCCCGCAUUGUGCUCAUGUUUGUUGGAUUGUUUGCCUUUUUAGCUGCAAUUACGUUCAACUCUCUCUCAGGAUUCGGAGCUAAAUCAGGUGUUUUCAAGCACAGCACAGAGGAUGUGACACUCAAGUAUACAACACCCAUAACUCCUGCUCAGUGGGCUCUGUUUGUUUGGGAUUUCAUAUAUUUUUGUUUUUCUGCCAUGUUUAUAUACUUUUUAGUGGGACUCUGUAGAAGGAGUGCUUAUGACUGGAUGUACACCACGCCUGCAGUGCUGCCCUAUGGAUUUCAUGUCUCUAUCAUCAUCAAUAUUUGCUUGAACAUUGCAUGGUUGUUUCUGUUUGACAGAGAGUUGUUGCUGCCUAUGCUGAUAGUCUCAACACUAAUGAUGCUCACCAAUUACAUGAUCCUAUUUUUCUCCUGUCACGGACUGAAGAUCUAUGGAGCCUGGUUGAACAAACAUCACAACACAGACCUCUGGCUGAUCAGAAUAUUGGUGCAAAAUGGAGUAGCAGUAUAUACAACAUGGGGGACUCUCUCCACUCUACUGAACCUGACGAUAUACUUGCAGCAUCAAACAGAAACCUCGAAAUGUGACUGUGGAAUGCUGUCACUGCUGCUUCUUCUGAUGGAGUUGUUAGCCUGGUUUCUGUUAGAGAACUUCUACCUUGAUAAGCAUGUGCGUUACAUUUUGACUGUCUACCCUGUGGUAAUCCUGUGGUUGACAGGCACCCUGAGCAAUUCUGGCACUCCUGAAUGUCACGUUAAUAUAUUUACAGCUUCGAUCCUGGCUAUUUCCUGCAUCAUGUUUGGGGCACGCAUUGCCCUGGUCACAUGGAAGCAUCGCAAACGGCCGCUUUACAAUGACAGUGGACCCAAUAUGUCACCAGUGGAAAUAGCCUUGACACAAACACAACUCUUUCUCUGAAUAUUAGCUCAGCGUGAUACAGAGCAGGUGAUCUCAGUCUGUCGCUUUAAAAUGUAUUAUGGAUGUAUACCAAA